AUGAAGGCAAUAGGGAUCAAGGAAUACGAGGAGAAUGGUGCACUCCUACGUGUCAAGGCAAAUGCCCACAUAUUCUUGGCCAAUUUUACCUCGCUUAUCUCCUCCGACAAUAAGGUUCUCUUUCUGUGGAUAUGGAUUGAACUGCCUUACAUAUGUGAUUUUCAUAUAUUAGCAUCGGCUUUGAUUAAAGGCAAGACAGUAUCACAGGGCAAGCAAAGUGAGAGGAGGUCAGCCAAGAUACAAGGUUUAAUACAGCAUGAACUUACUAUUAAAUAUCCUGAGACUGAGGACUUCUGGACAGCUUUGUGUUCGAGUGUGUCCAAGGCGGCGGCAGCAACCUUUCUCUCGUCGCUCCAGUUUCGGUUCUCAGUCUCUUCUCAGUCUUCACAGCAGGCGGAUUGGAUUAGAACCUGCUGCAACAUGUUCGCCAAAAUGCGGGUAGCGGCCUUGUGUCUACUGUGGCUGCCUUGCGUGCUGUCUCGCCCCACCGAGGAGGCCACAUCAAAGCUCACGUCCUCGGAAGCUGACCCAAUCAAGGUCAAGGAAAUCGAGCCUGACGACGAGCGGCCGCGAAGGUCUCCCCAACAGUGGGGCUUUCAAGUCAUAGACCUCGGAAACCCUUUCGGCUUCCUCGCCAAGGAGAACGAGAUUCCCUUCCAGACCCGAGACAGGUUCACGCCUCCCGAACAGCCGUCCAAGGAAGUCCGUGAGCGCAUGUACGCCUUCCUCCUGCAGCGCGAAGUCCCUCCUCACGUCCACAUAAUCCUCGAGGACGAGCCUUACUUCGGUACCUUCGACCACGCCAAGGCAAUCCUGCGACUUCAGCAUUAUCGAAAAACGAACGACCUCACGCCUCACAUGCUCAAGAGUCUUCGGCCUUUCUUCCCCUUCUACAGCAGCAACUGACGAGCGACCGAGGGCUUCUGUUGCCUCGGUCCGGGAAGCAGCUCAUUAUAAUUAAGUAGGGAUUAGGAAAAGAGAUGUGUAUUUUUUAUUAUCCUUUCGGUACUGUAUAGAUAUGUGUACAAAGGUGUGUUUAUUAAUGGUUCAGAUAUGAUGGCCUGAUCAGUAGAACGGCAGGAGAACCAGCUGCUUGAAUAGCAAGGAGCUUCUUAGGUAUCUCGCCUGUCAUUUUCAGUUCAGAAAAAAAAUUGUACUAGCAAGUCACUUGUAAAGCGUAAAUUCUACGGAGAAUAUUUUCUUCUGCUUGUUAUCAUUAUAGAGAAUACUGGAAGCAUGUUUUUUCACAAUAACAUUCCCCUUUACUAACACAUUCCAGGGAGCGAUUGCCUGUAUAUAUGUGUAAUUGAUCAAUGUCUCAUCUACUUCAUAUUCCCAUCCAUAUGCUGUUAAUCUGCACCGCACUUUGUUUUACGACUUGUCUGGAUUAAAACUUUCUACUUCAUCAAGUUUUGGAAACCGUAUAUAUUUAUCACUCUGUAUAGUGUAUUGUAUAUAUUCUAUAAAAAAGAAAAAAGUGUCAUUGUAUUUUAAAUAUCUUGAUUUCUUUAUAUCAAAUCAACGUAAUAAAAGAAAAACUUAU